CCCCUUCAACCACUCUGUAUUCCCUUUCUAGCUAGCCCCACUCCUUGACAUCACAUCCUACUCAAACAUAUCAUCGUGCAUAUACCGCCAUACCAGUAUACUGCCAUUUGUUAUCCGGAAGCAUGCUCACCCAUAGGAGGUUCACACAAGAGCUCAAUUAGACUAUCUAUUGUAUCUACGGUACAGUAGGAGUCACUUCACUGGGUGCUCCUGAGAUGUGGCAAAGUCAAGGUGUGCCGUUGCCAACCAUACUUGUGCCCAUCUGUCCUUGCCAGUUUGCAAGCUGGUAGUUAGAGUUAGAGGAACAGUCUCUGGAUCUUCCAUAGGAGGUAGUUGUGGUUGAACGGGAGGCGCAUAAGGAAGUAUCCCCAGGGCAGCAUCCAUGUCAAUAGUGGAAACGGGGAUGUCGUAAGAGACAAUUGUUUGUGUGCCAGCCAGUGGAAUGCCUCGAGUCAGCAGGUACGUUUUAGCUUCUUUUCUGUCUAGCUCCCAUUGUUUCCGGUAUUCUUCAUAGGUUGUCAUGGUGGAGGAUAAAGAGUGAGCGCAAGCAAAGGCAGGUGCUGCAGCUGGGCACAGUCAUAUCACACAGAAGACAGCGAAGUGUGGGCGGUGUCACCUUCCAUGGCCAUUUACUCCCUCUGGGUGAUCAACAAAGCCGGUGGGCUAGUCUACCAGCGCACCUUCAACGAGGGACUCGCACCCCUGACUUCGAACGACGCACUCGUGCUUGCUGGGACGCUACAUGGGAUUCAUGCGAUUACGGCAAGGCUAUCCCCUACGGGGAGCAGCUCGGGUUGUCAGGUCAUAGAGGCGGAGACGUUUAAGAUGCAUGUAUUGUUGACUGCGACUGGAACGAAAUUCGUACUCCUCACCUCUCCCGCCGAACCGCUCACAAACGCCGACCUCGUCCUCCGUCGAGUCUACGAAGCCUACGCAGACGGGGUCAUGAAGAACCCGUUCCACACUCCGGAGAUGCCUAUCCGCAGCGAAGGGUUCGACACCAGAGUGGCGGCAAUCGUCAAGGGGGCUUGAGAUUAAAGAGUGUUGGGAAUGGGAUGCAGUAGAUUGGGUCAAGGUACUGGGUGGCGCGGGAAGGAGAGAUCCGGGCGUGGGAUUGGUCCUGAUGAUGCUAGGGAUAGACGUAGGCGGAAGACAUCGGGAAGGGCAUGUCAGAAUCUGGUGCCAUCCGUCCCUUGCAGCAAACUCCCCUGCAGUGCGCGUUGUUGACAGGAGAGACGACAGAUGUCAUUGUUGAAG